AUGGCUCCUCUGAGGGAGAACGACCCGAUCGUCAUCGUGGGCGCUGGUGUCAUCGGCUUAGAUAUCGCCUUGGUCCUCGCUCGUAGAGGACUCGGUCGACAGACCACAGUCAUUGCUGAGCACUUCCCCGGAGACACUUCCGUCAACUACACAUCGCCUUGGGCCGGCGCAAACUUCUCAGCGAUAUCCGGGAGCGACAAGAAUGCCCUGAGAUGGGAUCGGCUCGGCUACAGCCACCUAACACAGCUAGCAUCGAGCGUCGGCCAGGAAUCUUUCGUUCGCCGCACACCAUCCAUCGAGUACUGGGAUGAAGCCGUCUCAGAAGACAAGAUAAAGUCAAUGUCCGAAUACCUUGAAGAUUUCAAAGUCAUACCCGAGAGUGAACUCCCAAGCGGAGUCUUAUUCGGCGUAUCUUUCACAACGGUGACCGUCAACGCGCCGAAGCACAUCGAAUACCUCUUCCGUCUGUUGAAAGAGGAAUACGGAGUUCAAUUCGUUAAGAAGAAGCUCUCCAGCAUUCAAGCCGCAUACAGCUCGGCAACCCAGGUUGUAUUCAACUGCACCGGGAAUGCUGCUAGGUUUCUCUCGGGCGUCGAGGACGCGAAAUGCUACCCGACUAGAGGCCAGAUUGUGCUGGCGAAAGCCCCUCAGGUGAACACCAACGUCAUGCGACAUGGUAAAGACUAUGAGACAUAUAUCAUCCCGAGGCCCUGGUCCAAUGGAAACGUAAUUCUCGGAGGCUAUAUGCAGAAAGGCGUCAGCACGAGCGAUACGUUUGCUCAUGAAACCGAGUCCAUCAUGACCCGGACCACCGCUUUGAGUUCUGAGUUGAGGCAGUCAGCACCAGAUGUUCUUGCGAGUUUCUCUGGAUUGCGGCCCUCGCGUGAGGGAGGAGCCAGGGUCGAGAGAACUGAGAUCAGUGUUGAUGGAGGAGAACGAACCUUAGUACACGACUAUGGUGCAAGCGGAACGGGGUUCCAAGCAGGGUACGGGAUGGCGUUAGAGGCUGUUGAAUCGGCGGAGGACAUUCUUUCCGGCAUUGUUGAGAAAACAUCCCAAGCCAAACUCUGA